GCUUCUCCCUUCCCUCCACUCAUUCGUUCCGCGACGCGUCGUCUAGCCGGUUGGCUCCCAUUAUUUUACCCGAGCUCGUUCUGACCGUGUCCGUUGGCCGCACCGCUCCGAUUACACUUUAGCCGAACUAAAUAUGACGGAAAGCACGGACACCCCUGUGGCCGCCGCGCCUGAAAAGACUCCCACUGAGAAUGGCUCUACUGAAACACCCCCAGAAGAAACUCCAGAAAAGGUAACCGAAGAAAAGGAAAAGGAGGCUACACCACCUAAGGAAAUGCGCGCGGUCGUCCUCACCGGCUAUGUCGGGUUGAAAACUGUCAAAAUACAAAAGAAACCCGUGCCCACCGUUGGAGAAGGCGAGGUCCUCAUCCGAGUCAAAGCCUGUGGGCUGAGCUUCCAAGACUUGAUUGUGCGUCAAGUAACCAUUGACUCGCUUCCCAAGGCACCGUUCAUUCUUGGAUUCGAAUGCGCUGGCGAGGUCGAGCAAGUUGGCGAGGGUGUUACCAAUUUCAAGGUUGGCGAUCAGGUUGUGGCCCUACCCGAAUACAAGGGAUGGGCUGAGCUGAUCUCCGUACCGGCGCAGUAUGUAUAUGCUCUACCUCCCGGAAUGACCGUUUCGGAUGCUGCUGCCAUCACUAUGAACUACGUGGUAGCUUACCUGCUUCUCUUCGAAAUAGCCAAUUUGACACCUGGCAAGAGCCUUCUGGUGCACUCUGCUGGUGGCGGUGUGGGCCAAGCUGUAGCGCAGUUGGCGAAGACCGUGGACAACGUGACGGUGUUUGGUGUCUGUUCUAAGAGCAAACAUGAGGCUCUCAAGGCCAACAACAACAACAUUGAUCAUCUGCUCGAACGGGGCACCGACUACUCCAGCGAAGUUAGAAAAGUGUCUCCUGACGGCGUGGAUAUCGUGCUGGACUGCCUCUGCGGUGAGGAGUGCAACCGUGGAUACUCGCUCCUGAAGCCCAUGGGCCGAUACGUCCUUUAUGGUUCGUCUAACAUCGUGACCGGCGAUACUCGGAGCUUCUUCAGUGCCGUUCGAUCUUGGUGGCAAGUGGACAAGGUAUCUCCAGUUAAGCUGUUCGUGGAGAAUAAGAGCUUAGCGGGAUUGAAUCUGCGACACUUGCUUUUCCAUGGACGCGCUGACUACGUGCGCCGUGCCGUCGACCGCGUCUUUACUCUGUGGAGCGAGGGGAAAGUCAAACCCCUGAUUGAUUCUACAUGGGCUUUGGAAGAUGUUGUGGAGGCGAUGCAGAAGAUGCAUGACCGCAAGAACAUUGGGAAGCUCGUCUUAGAUCCAUCACUAGAGCCUAAACCGAAGCCAGCCACGCCUGCUAAAGGCAAGUCCGGUAAGGAGAAGAAACCAGCCAAAGAGAGCUCAGAGGAGAAAAAGGACAAGGAAACCAAGGAAGAGGAGAAGAAGCCUGAGGAAAAUGGUGAGAAGAACGGUGAAGAACCACUCACUAAUGGUAACAGCGAUGAAGAGUCUAAGGACAAGGAGAAGGAAUCCAGCUGAAUUGUUUCCCAUGCGAACUGAACCAGAUAAACCACCGCCAAUUGAUUAUUUUAGAGUUGAAGCUGCUCGUUUGACCGUCGUGAGUGCGCACGCGCGCGCGCCUCGUACCACGCCGGCGUCCGCGCCGCUCGCUAAUUGUACUAUGUUGCCCCAUGUUUUUAUUAUGUUUCGUUUAAGUCUGAACACGAUGUCGUUCGAUCUCAUAUGCUUACAUUCAAUAUUAUUAAUGUUUUAUAUAUAACUAUUGUAUUAUCUUAUUACGGAUCGAACCAUAUCGUAUUUAAAUAUUUUUAAUUAUUGUCUGACGAUCAUCACAAAUUUAUUUAAUUACAAAUUUUUAGUUGAAAAUUUUUCGAUAUACGACAGCGAAAAUUACAAUGAAUUUAUAUUUUAAUAUUUUUUUAUAAACAUUAAUUUGGCCUAAGUUAGUAAUUGUUUCUAAACUUUCGAGUCUUUUAUUAUAGUUUAAUGUUUAAGACUUUAUUUUUAAGAUGAGAUAUUUUAAUCUUGCAGUUAUUUUGUAUGGCUAUUAUAUAUCUAAGGUGCAGAGAUGCUUAAUCUUUAUGUAUGUUAAGCUUUAAUAUUUUAUUAGUAAAUGUUUAUAAUUGGACCCCAUGAGAACCACACCCGCCCCCGGGUCGAGCGUUCGCUCACGUCACGCAUCGUCGCGAUUCUUCUCCAAACAAACUAACCUAUAAACAAACGAACGAUAACCUUACGUGUGAUAUUUUGUAGUAGGUAUGCUAGAUAUUUUGCAGUAGCUAUUUUUAUGCUGCCUAUACAUGACAUAUUAUUUUUAAUUUGAGCUUACAUAUACAAUUAUUUUAUAUUUUUAUACUUAGAACUUUUGUACAUUAUUUUCUAGUUAGGAUGUCAGUUCACGGAAUUGAUUUGAAGGCACCAGUCAUUGUGUGGUACGGUAUGGGCAUAAAACGCGUCGUCUGACUGGAAUCUGGGCCUGAACUGGACGAGCUUAUUGUGUCCAAAUUGUGAACUAUUUUUGUGGCUAUCUAUAAGAUCAUUCAUAUUCAAUAUAUUAGUCGAUGAGAACCACGAUAUAAUAAGUCAUAUUUUUAUAUACCAAACGAAUGUAACGUUUACUCGUAUAAUAAAUAACGCUUCUUGUCAUCUAUAUAGACACAAAUAUCACAUAUCUAAUCCAACAUACAUUUUCACACGAUGUGAAGCAUUAGAAAUAAUAUUUUGAUACCAAUAUUCACUGCAUUUCUUUAUUAUCUACCUAGCAUAUAUUUGUCUACAUUUAUUUUUCUUAAGGUUGUAAGUAAUGUUUACCGCCAUAAUGUACAGUAUGGUUAUAGGUAUAUGUAUGUACGCAGUACUAUUUAAAUGUUUUAUCUAUAUUACACAUAUCAUGCGGAUGUAAAAUGUAUUCCUGAGAGGCUGAAAGUAGUCCGGAGCCGCCGGAAUCUAAAAGAUAUAUAACUUCCUAAACACUGCUCAAAUAUAGUAACUACACAGUGUGAGAACGCAACGUGUGCUCCAAACAUACUUAACCCGUUUCAUUCUUAGGAUUUUUAUAAACUUUUUACCUUUUGGAACAUUUUUGAUGGAGUACAUUUUGCGUGAGCACAGUGUGCGUCGUCCGACCAACAUUUCACAGGUCAUCGUGUCCCAGUGUAUAAGUAUUAGGUACCGUCUGCCAAAGGUUGUGAGGUACGUAAUGUAAGGUAAGCACCACAAGAUCAGACUGCGUCCCCCGCGGGAUGGCCCGACUGAGGUAGCUUUUGUAUAUUAAAUUUAUAACACGAGUGGCAGAUGCAGGCAGGAUACUACGUAAGGCGCUGCUUUGUUUAUCGUACAGUGGCUUGGUGCUAGAUUGUAUUGUACGCGGAUACAACUCGCUUCAGUGUCUCGGACCAAUAUCUUAAAGCUACUUUACUCUUCUUAUCGGUAAUCUCUUUCGCUUUGUGUGUCAAAUAUGUGCGAAUUUCUUGUAAUGUAAAACAUAUAUAAACUCGUGUAUAUCGACCUGUAUAAUGGUUUAGAAUUAUAACUGAAUUUUCUUCUACCUAUAAGAAUUUAAUGAUGGUAUUCAAUAGUGAUUCGGAGGCCGCCGGUGUGACGGCGCCAUUGUGAUUGUGUCCAAAUUGUUGUAGGUUUAGUGUCUAUGAAAUUGAUGCCAAUAUUUAUAAUCUUCGUGAAGACUUCGAAGCGGUUUUGAGAAAGCGCCGUCACGCCAGCGUACCCUAUAUAUUCUGGGUCGUUAUUGUACUACACAUUUAUUUUUAUAAGGGCGGGCCAGUGUGAUAUCUAUACUAUGAAAUGGAUAAAUAAAUAUGUAUGAUCUGUAAAAAUGCUUA